AUGACUCCGGCGCAAGCGUUGCGCCCAGGCUCCACGCAGAAGCUGAUUUUCCGCCAAACCCGCGCCUUACCACGCGUAAGCGCAAGCGCGGAGCCACCCAAAGCGCCAGCAGGGGGAUCCGCGGAAGGAUCAGGCGCAAGCGCGGAAGCAAAUAAGCUGGCGGAGACUCCGCAGGCGCCCGCGGGGCAAGCGGCAUCGGGGGGAGCGGUGGCGGCGGAAGGGGAUGAGGGGAAGCUUCUGGGGCAGGCGACGACUGCGGGGAUCUUCCUCCUGUGGGCGGGACUGAUCGCGUAUGGCGCGUUUUUUGCGCCCCAUCAGACGCCAUACCGCGAUCAGUACUUUCUGGAGAAGCUUCUGAACCUGAGGGGAGACGAUGGCUUCGUGAUGAACCAGGUGCUCGUGGCGCUGUGGAACCUCAUGGGCGUCAUGCCGGGCAUAUACGCUGCUACGCUCGUGCCCGCCUCCCGCACCAAUCGCACCACCAUCCCAGCGUGGCCCUUCCUCCUCGCCUCAUUCUUCGCAGGGGCGUUCGCCCUGCUGCCCUUCUUUGCCCUCUGGUCACCCGGAAAGGCAGCAGUACCCACGGAGGAGGAGAGGGGGAAAGUGGGGCUGCGAGUGCUUGAAUCCAAAAUCACCAGUGCGUUACUGCUGCUCGCAGCAUCAGGGCUGGUCAUCAGUGCAGCAACAGCACCGUCAACCGACUGGCUUGAGUUCUUGCAGUACUUUCAGGAGAGCCUCUUGAUCCACGUCACCUCGAUGGAUUUCGUCCUCCUCAACAUGUUUCUGCCCUUCUGGCUCGUCAACGACAUGGCCUAUAGGAACUGGGCGCCUAGAGACUCAUGGGGUGCGGCUCUUCCCUUCCUCCCUGUUUUUUGCCUUUUGAGAUGUUGUAAAAGCCUUUCUUCAUCCCACAACUCGCCCCAACCCCCUUGUGUGUUUCCAGGGCGCCUAGAGACUCAUGGGGUGUUGCCCUCCCCUUCCUCCCCGUUAUAG